AUGGCAGCACAUUGGCCCGCCGCUCUCAUUCUGCUGCUCGCCAUCGUCAGCGCUGACGUUACAACCAGCGCACCUGUCGCCAAUUCAGCGAUUUUUUAUGUCUCUCCGGCGAUUAAGCCUGCCGCCGUUCCUGCCGUACGAGACGCCGCCUUGACCGCCGCGAAUAUCGGUCGCAAGGGUGGCAGCGGCAUUGCCGGCAUUUCCGCAGCCGCCGCCGGCGGAAACGGCGGCGCGGUCUUCGUUGAGAGGAGCGACGCCGCGUGGCCGUUUGCAUGGGGUCGCAAUGCGAGCGACGGCAGCGGCGAAAGCUACGACGCGGGCGACGAUACCAGAGAUGUGAUCAGCGAGUUUGGCGCCAUGGCGUGUAGCGCUGCGGGCUUGCUUCGCUCCGAGCGUGCAGGUUCCGCCAGAACCGCUGCUUUAGGAUUCGCCGAUCAAGCUAAUUUUUCCAAUGAAAGUGCUGCAGCUGCUUCUGCUGCCAAUGCUCCCACCAAUGGCGAUGCUGCUGGUAGUGGCAAGGGCGGCGGAUACACGGCGCCGAAGGACCAUCGGACGGAGCUGCGGUGGGACGUGUACAGCAUCAGCGGCCUCAUUCUCACAGCAUGCUGCGCGCUGCUGGCGAACGCGGCGGGGAUAGGCGGGGGGCCGUUCUACAUGCCGCUCUUCAACUCCUUCCUCGGCUUCACCGCCAACGCCGCCACCGGCCUCUCGCACACCAUGGUCGCCUCCAGUGGCGUGGCGAGCACGUUUUACGGGCUGAUUCAGAGCAGCCCCGCGGACCCAUCACAGCCGUUGAUCGACCUGCGCCUGGCGCUCACCUUCACGCCCGCGCUGCUGCUGGGCGUCAGCUGCGGCGUGCUGCUCAACCCGCUCCUCCCGCCCUGGCUCCAGACAUCCCUACUGGCGGUGCUGCUGGGGUACGUGGCGAGGGAGACGGGCAUCAAGGCGAGCAAGGCGUGGGAAAAGGAGACGCAAGCCGCCACUGCCAGGCACAACCAGCAGCAGCAGCACCCUUCCACCGCCUCCGCUUCCUCUAUCAACACACCUCUUCUUUCACAGUCAGCAGCAGCAGCACCUGCUCCCUCCUCUUCUGCCCCCUCCUCCUCCGUCCCCGCCCACGCCCCUUCCAAGCGGCGCUGGUUGGACCCGUCCAGUGGAUCUGGGCGGCUGACUGACUUCGUGGCUCACACUGCCGCCCAGCUUCUGCCACUUGUGGGCCUUGGCGUGCUGUGGGUGGCAAUGAUGGCUCUCGAGCGGGGCCUGGCCGGCACCACCCGGUGCAGCCGCCCGUUCUUCCUCUACUGGGCGGCACAAACGCUUCUGUGCUUCGCUGCCACUGCUGCCAUGGUGGCCUAUCAGGUUCGGGCGGCGUCCACCAAUCCAGACGCAGAGGGGGCGUCAGCACUCUCACGGGUGCUCAUGGCGGGGCAGGCAGAGGAGGACGGGGCAGGCGAUGAUGAAGUCUUGGAGGCCCGGAGAAAACGGGCUGCCCGGAAAAUAUUUAAGGUGGUGGGGGUGAUGGUGGUGGCGGGAGUGAUGGCGGGGGUGUUGGGCAUUGGAGGCGCACCGCUCUUCAAUCCCUUCAUGCUCACCCUUGGCAUUCCGCCCCAGAUAACAGCAUCAACGUCAGUGAUGAUGGUGCUGUUUGGCAGCAGCAGUGUCUCCCUCUCCUUCCUCUUCCUGCACCGCCUCAACCUCGCCUAUGCUGCCAUCUUCGCCCCCACCGCAUUCAUCGCCUCCCUCCUGGGAGUCACAAUCGUGGGCCGAAUAGUCAAGAGCACCGGCCGUGCUUCGAUCAUCAUCUUCAUCCUCACCGCAAUCAUUGCGGUGGGGACCACGCUGACUGUGGUGCUGGGCGCGCCAAGGAUUUUCGACGAUGUGAUGCAUGGCAGGAACCUCUGGUUCCACUCGCUCUGCCCUGCCAAGAAAUGCUUAUGA